AUGAGAUUUAUUUUUAGUUUUAACGUUUUGAGGCGCCUAACAAUACAAAUAUUGAUUAAAUCUGAAACCUUCCCCUGCUUUGUAAAGCAAAAAUCGCCUCUAUAUGUGCGCGAGAGAAGCGCCCACAAAGGCCUAGAACUUUCAAAAUGGACUUUUAGGGAUAGUCCUCAGGUCCUCAGAUCUUCCUCGGCGCUCAGUCCCGGGUCUACCCUUGGGGACAAAGUGGCCCGGUUGAAGAAUAGGCAUCUGUGGCUUCUAUUAAUAGAGAAUAGCAAUUUAGGCGGUUUGCUUCCUGACGUCAUUGUGACGUAG